AAAAAAAAAAAUGAUAAAUCAUGAUUAAAAUAUUACACAAUCAUUGUAAUUUAUAAAAUGAUAUUCUUGUCAGAAUUAAUUGCGAAAUCAAAAUAAGGGCAUAAAAUCUAUGUAAUGUAUGUAUGUUUAUGUGUGUGGGACGUAUCUAAUGAAAUCUGGACACAAUCUGAUCCAGCGAUGCAGUAGUUACUGAUCUUAAAACCAAAACAUAAAAAAAGAUUUUUUUUCUUUCUAAAAAAGAUAAAAUAAACAUCUUAUAAAGAGGAGAUCACCAUUGGAGAUCUCUCCGAUUCCUCAGCUCAAAGCACCCCCACAUACAUACACACACAAGUAUUGUUGCGUUUUCUCUCUCUAAGAAGACUUUCUCUUUCUACGUCUUGGUAUUAUUAUUUGUUCCGGUGUAAUACAUCAAGAAAUGGGUAGUAGUUUCUUUGGGAGACCAAAAAUGGGUGGAUCUUCGUCUUCAUCACCAACAUCGUCUUCUCCGGCAAAGAGAGGGAAGAACAAGAAUGGUUCUGACAAGCCUAAGCAGCCGCAGAGAGGUCUGGGCGUGGCACAGUUGGAGAAGAUUAGAUUACACGGCGAACUUAAUUGCAACAGUUUCAAUACUUACCCUUCUUAUCAUCCCUCAACUUUCAGUCCUCAGGAUGAUGUGAGAAGUCAAGGAGAAUAUCCAUCUAUACCAUAUUCAUCGUCGUCGGUUCAUUAUGGCAUUCAUCCAAACAUGAUGAUGAAUGCAAGUAAUGAUCAAUAUGAGAGAACAACCACAAGAUACAUAGAUGCUCAGCCUUACAUAGCACCAAGUUGGAACCCGAACUACGGUAUCUUGGAAAGCCAACAUUUUGUGGAACCAAACACAACCAGACACUUCUUACAUGAGGAUCCGAGAAAUAACUCGUUCGGAUCGGAUAUUGAGAACUUCCAGACGAGUGACGCAACUGAGCCAGAUUUGGAGCUGAGAUUAUCACUUUGAGUAAUGAAUAAAUUCAUAUUAUUUUUAAAGAGCCCAUAGAUUUGUUACACUCAAAAAGUUAGACAAUAAUAAUAUAUAAUUUAGGUCAUCAUUUGAUUUGUGGGCAUCAGAUUUUGAUACCAUCAAGAUGUUUACCUUUUCGACAAAGUAUGCUUGUAAAUCUACAUGAUUUUCAUAUAUAUCAAAGUAGUCAUAAAGUCAUCUCCGUA